AUGGAGAACUGGUCGCCGGAAGGCCGGGCGGCUAUCCAAGAUGCCUUCGAAGCAUUGCGUGAAACAGUGAGCAAGCAAUUUGACAACGAGGUCGAGCAGAGGCUUAAGGAGGACGAUCGAUCACGCGCAUUCCUCACAGAUGAGCUCGAAAUAUUGAGGUCUCGGUCCGACGAGGUUGAUCGCCUGGAAGAGGAAAAUCGGAAGCUGAGGACGAAACUCCUCCAAAUCCAUCAGCAGAAUCGUUCCGUGGAGUCAUCUCGAGGAAGCCCUCGGCCGACGUAUGUCACCAGUGACCAAGCCACCAACACAGACCCCGCGUCUGCAGAUGCAUCUGGAAAUGGAGGCGACCUAGAGAACGUGCUGCGGGAAAGCCACAAGCUACGGCGGAAAUAUGCUGCCCUGGACCAGAACUUUAGGAUCCUGAAAGCAGAGUUCAAUAAGAGAAGGGACGAGAGGAAGGAGGAGGUCAAGAAAUGGGAAGACUAUGCGACAGAAUUGGAGACGAAGAUCAAAGUUCUGGAGCAACGUGAUGGUGAUGCUGAUGCUGCGGCGUACACAGCAGAAGCCCUUCCGGAACAAAGUAGGCCGCGCGCUCACUUAGCUUCGAGGUUCACAAUCGAUCCUGAAUCCGGGAUCUUGACGACACCCAGCAACCCGCGGGAUUUGCGACAAUAUUCUGCCGAGAGAGCUCCUGUGCAGCCAGAUGACGUUGAGACGCAGGAUUUGCCUGCCACAGAUUCUACGGAGGGAGAGACGACAGAGGGCAGUAAGGACGCUGAUGUUGUUACUCUUCCACCGCUGAGACAGACCGCCAAAACGGAUUCAGAUAUUCGUAUCAAACCGGAGCCCUCAUCCGACGGGCCUGUUAUCGUCUCUGAGCGCCAUGUAGGCAAGAGAAAGCACGUCGAUUCCUCCUCAGAACAACAAGGACGACGCAGGGUGAAGAUUGAGAGCUCGAAUCUUACUACCGGCCCUUUCACCAGCCAGCUUCAACAAGAGAGUAUGGACCUGGAUGAGGUCGGUCAGAGACUAAGCACGCCACGGAAGAAUAGAUUAUUGGCCGAUGCCCUGGCUACGCCUGGUCAAAAUGACAUGGAGCGAGCUCAGGCAGCCGCUCCCGUCUUUGUCAGGCCCGACAACACCAACACUCCGACCACCAGGAUACCCAACUCACCAGCGGUUCUGACACCAGUCAACCCUAACGCUCGUCCGGUGCGCCCGUAUGGGUUGAACACCGUGGAGAAGCCAAUAAGGAAAGGGCUCGCUCAAGGCAUAAGGAACCUAGCCGAGGACGGAGUUGUUUAUGAUGAGACAGGUUGUGGAGAGCCGGCCGGGCUUUUCCGCACUCCGCAGCCUCCUGGUCGCUUGAGUACGCUGUUGAAUGCACCAUCUCCGGAAAAAGCUCCUGCCAUAGUACGGUCAGCACCUCGUCUUCGGGAUACAGGCCGAACGGUGGAGGAUGGACCCCAGUUUCCCGAGCGUCGGGAAUUGCCAUUCAACAAGGAGCGCCGGGACAGGUCGAAGGAAGCUCCCAUCGGUCGAAGGGAGCACGAAGAGAACACGGAGCCUGCCACAGCUCGCGGGCAGUCCCGAAAUCGUGCGACUGUCGGGGCACAGCCGUCGCCCCAGAAGGGGUCAUUAAGGUAUAAACCUGCCACUUCCCUACGGCUCGAGGACUUCAAGGUCAAUCCAAAGUUCAAUGGCGGUUCCGACUAUGCAUUCUCGGAGGUGGUCAGAAACAGAGAUGACAGAGCCUGUCUGCCCGGUUGUACAGACAUGAAUUGCUGUGGCCCUCAGUUUCGCGCCAUGGCUUUGGCUCAAAAGAACAAUGUCGAGCGCACCCCGGUAUCAGACACCAAAUUGUUUGAGGAUUAUCUCGGUGACAGAAUCACCAUCAUCUUGGGGAUGUCCAAGGCAGAGAAGGAAGACUUGUGGAUAGAGGCUAAAACAUGGCAACUUGCGAAUGAGUUGGGCAAACACCGUCAUCGUUACUCUCGAAGGGCAUCUCCUCCGGGCUUUUGGAACGCGGAUUUCCCUACUACGCAGGAAGACGAGGCGGAGAGGGCAGAAGGCGAGAAAAGGGAGAAGCAAAUGAUUCAAGAACGAUAUCGGGAAGCGAUAAGAGGAGGGGGGCGCUGGAUCUUCAAGGAUGAGUGA